AUGGUGGCGGCGCUGAGGAGCCUCGGGUUCAAGCAGAUCCCCAGGACCCAGUCCAGGCAGAAGUUUCAGAAUUUUGUGGAGAACCUCAACAUUCCCGCGCAGGUGCUGGCGAGCGCGCUGAAGAGCGCGUCGCGGCGUGCGCAACAGAAACAGUUUUAUGCCAAUCGCAAAAGGGAUGAGGCUCGCAAAAAGGAUGAGGCUUGCCAGGACAGAUUCAGCCUGUCGGGGUACCCGCGGGAAGUCAUCGAGGCCGCCGCGAAGGGGAUACUCGGCCUGCAGCGUACGGACAUACUGGAGACGCGGAAGAUGGUGGAGAUGCUCGAGGUGAUGGGCAUAACGCGGCGCGACAUCGACGAGUUCAUGCGCGAGGUGUGCGGCCAGGAGUUUGAUGAUUGGUCAGAGCGCCCCCCGCGCGGCAGCGCAGGCCCCCGGGGCCGCGGCCGCGCGGAGUCCCAGGGCAGCGGCCGCGUGGCGUCCCAGGGCCGCGGCCGCGCGGCGUCCCAGGGCCGGGGCAGCACCAGGCGGCAGCCCAGAUCCUGGGAGGCCGAGGACGCGGAGGACGUCGAGGACAUGCUGUCUGGGGGGCGGUCCAGGCGCAGCCGCCGCCAGGGGCCGCCCUUCCAGGGCGGGCGCCGGGUCUACGCGGACAGCGACGACUUCCACAGGUUCCACCUGGGGGGCGAGGCGGCCGGCGGCCCGUGGGACGAGGACUUCGAGCGCCGGUCCCGUGAGGCCCAUGCGGCGGGGCUCGACGUCGAGGACUUGGAGGAGUUCGAGCGCCACUUCGGCGAGGGGGCCUUCAGCUCGGCGGCCGCAACGCGGGCGGACAGCCGAGGCCAGCGGCGGGGAGCCCGGCACGCCUCCGUGAGGGGGGCCCUCGUCGCCCGCGUCUUCGGCGGGGCCUCCCUGGCGAAGGCCGCUCCCUGGGUGUCGCACGGCUACGGCGGGCCAGGCGGCGGCGGGGAGCCCUUUGGCAGUGGCGCGCCCGCCGGCCGCGAGCCCGACACGGAGGAGCGGGUCGAGGCGGCCAUGGCCGAGGCCCUCGCGCGGGGCUGGAGGCCCCAGGAGCUCUCGCGUGGGCAGGCGUCGCGCCUGCUCGGCGUGGCGGCCUGGGGCGCCUCGGCCGGGGAGCUGCGCGAGGCGCGCCGGCGCCUGGUGCUGAGGGGCGGCGUCGUCCUGGACGGCCCGCUGGGCGGGCCGCCGGGCGGGCUGCCGCCGGCUCUGAUGGAGCUCAUGGGGCCCGGGGCGCCGGAGGUGCUGGCGCUGGGCCCGGGCGGCCCCGUGCUCGGGGCCUCCGGCGACGCAGGGCAGCCCGCGCGCAUCCCCGCGGACGCCUUCCGCGAGCUGUUCCCCGGGCCACUGGUGGAGGUCUCAGAGGUCGAGUCUCCGGACGGCACCGUGGUCGAGUUCGACUCGCCAUUUGGCGGCGCUCCGGACCCGCACGUUCUGGACAUGUUGCAGGGCCUCGGGAGGGAGUUCCAGAGCGAGAUGCUGCCCGCCAUCCGCAAGCAGGCCAGUGCUGGCGCUUGGCAGGCCCCGCUCUCCUGCCGGGACGACCUGCAGAAGCUGUGCCCCGGCGACAAGCACAGACUAGCCUGCCUCGGCAGGCACCAGGACGCCGUGUCGGAGGCCUGCCGCAGGGACGUGGGCAAGUCGGUGCCGUUCCUCUGCAGUGGUGAGAUCGAGAAAUUCUGCACCCCCGCAAGCGAAGGGAUUCUGCCGUGCCUGGCCCGGAGCGCGGGCGAGGCCUCGCCGGCCUGCCGGGAGGCGGUGGCCGCCACCCGGGGCCUGGUGGGCCGGGCGAGGACGCAGAAGGCUGUUGUCACCAACCCGGCGACUGGGGAGAAGAAGGUCCACGUCCCCACCGCGGAACCGGCGGCGCAGCGGGAGCGGCGCCUGGACUCGCAGAUAGCUGGGCGGCAGGCCCCCAGCAGCACCAAGGCGCCCCAGUCGGCAGGGGUGGCGGCGCCCUCGCCGGAGCUGGCAGCCCUGCGGGAGGCCAACCUCGACGCCCUCCUGGCCGGCGAGCCCGCGAGCCCGCGCCCGGCGCAGAGCGGCGACGAGGCCACGGCCUCGGCUUCGCAGGGCGCCCGACGCGGCGUCGCCCACGCGCCCGGUGGCCUCCACGCACGCGGUCUUCCUGAGGGCGGUGGGCAUGCUGGGCGCGGCGGCAGGUUUUCUCGUCAUGAUCUUGAGGAGCGUCGACCUCGGCGGGGCCCGGGACUUCAUCGGCCAGCG